AUGACCGACAAGCUACCCCCUAACCUCCUUGCUCUCUUCGCACCACGUCCGCCUUUGCGCUACAUCCCUCCCAGCGAUCGCGCGCCUGAUGACUGCAAGAAAAGUACUAUCAGCGGUGUUGCUGCUCUACUUGGAGAACUGAAGAACUAUGGCGAAGAAGUACCCUACAAUGCCACCGAGAGCUGGCUACAGCGUCGUGCGCGUCAAAAGCUUGAAAAGAAGGAACGCCUGGAACGGUUGAUUACAGAAGGUGUUGAGAAAUAUGAUCCUGCGACCGACGCGCAGAUUCGUGGAGACCCAUUCAGGACACUUUUUGUUGCGCGUCUCAGUUACGAUGUUAAGGAGUCGGAUUUGGAGCGGGAGUUUGGACGAUUUGGUCCCAUUGAGAGGAUUCGUAUCGUCAAAGAUUCAGAGAACCCUAAUCCGAAAAAGCCACAUCAAGGAUACGCAUUCAUUGUUUAUGAGCGCGAAAAAGACAUGAAAGCUGCUUACAAAGAAACCGACGGCAUCCGUAUAAAAGAUCGACGAGUUUUGGUUGACGUUGAACGUGGACGUACAGUCAAAGGAUGGAAACCGCGACGCUUUGGAGGAGGUCUCGGCGGACGUGGUUACACAAAGGCUACACCAGCCCGUCCGAUGGGUCCCGGUGGCUUCAAUGCGCCGUCAGGCCCUGGUGGUUUCAGAGGCGGGUUUGGUGGAAGAGGCGGAGGUUUCCGCGGAGGCUUCCGUGAUCGUGGAUUCGGAAAUCCUAGAGGAGGCGUUGGUUUUCAAGGUCGAAACGGAUUCGGAGGACAAGCUCCACCAAAUGCCCCCUCGGGUCCAGGAGGUGGUCGCGGGGGCGGUGAUAGAAGAGGUGAUGGCAGGUUUGAUCGUGAUCCUAGAAGGACAACUGGUAGUAAUAACGAACCGGUAAGGCCACGUGAAGGGUAUGGUGGUGAUCGGGGCGGUGAUCGCGAUCGUCGUGACAGGGACAGGGACCGGGAUAGAGAUCGUGACCGCCACGACCGAGACGGCGACCGACGUGAUCGCGACCGUGAUAGAGAUUGGGACCGUGAACGAAACCGCCAUGGAGGAAGGGAUGACCAAUCUCGCAAACGGCAUCAUGAAGAUGAUGGCUAUGACGACCCUCGCGCAAAGAGAAGGUAUUGA